AUGAGUGACACUCCGGACAAUUCGUCCGCAUGUGCUUCGCUUUGCUUCAACCCAGACCCUGCUUUAACACGACCCCCUUUGACUGAGAUCGAACCCGCAAUUUCCCGCAGCACUGACGCUCACGCAGAAACGCCGACAUUGGAAACGAUGGGCAACCAACAAAGCGGAGAAGGCAGCUUAAGACGCAGAAGCAAGAAGAAAUCCAAGAACAAGGAUGAUAAAGGAAAAGGCAUCGUUUCGGCUUUGUUCAAUGAUCCGGUUUUCGGAGCCUCUGGUGUGAGCGUAUAUGGAGGCACUUCCGUUGACGAAGCCGCUACUCCCAAUAAGAGGAAAAAGGAGACCGAACAAACGAAAUCACCGCGACCAAUCAGAUCGACCUACGAUAACGUUAACCAAUCAGGCUCAGUUACAAAUCUUUGUGACGCCUCAGAGAUGUAUACCAGCGAUCUAUUUCUGGAUACAGUCAGUCGUCUUGAUGUUAGUAUGACGAGUCAGACGGAAACAGCAGGUAUUCGACAUCAUGUUGAUCCUCAAACGAUUGACAAUGUUUCCCAUGGAGGUUCGUCUUUAGCAGAAUCCGGUUUCAUCACUCCGGCUCUUGCAACGCCCCAAGUCAAGAGGAACCAAUUAGCCGGUGCCAUGGCCACUUCUGACAGUGUUACAGAACUCGGUAAAGAGAUAGAAAGAACAAUCUUCGAAAGACUAUCAGCCAGUCAGAAAGCCGGAAAUGCUGAGGCCCAGCCGGAAGCUAGCCACACUUCGUCUCCAAAGUCGAACGAAGUUAAAAUGACACUUGUUAUGCAAUCACCGAUUCCUCCACGAAAAGCAGUGACGGAAGUCAAAUUACCGGAGGCCUCUCCCCGGACUGCUAAAUUAGAAUUCAUCAAAACUAGCAAAGAUGACGUAAACAGCGACCCCGACAUUGCUAAAUCCAAUCCCUUAAAACCAUUUGUGGAAUCAAAAAUUGAAAUUGAUCUCAAAACAGGUCAGUCAGUCUCAGAAGAGAACGUCCCAAGAGCGGAAGUUAGCGACGAUACGGAUAAGGCUGAUAACGAACUAAUGGAAAAAGAAUCUAAACCGGUAGAAUUGAAGCAGAUUUUAGAGAAGAAGACUGAGCCUGACUUAUCCCCGGAGGAUCAAAUCCAGACCAAGGAGAAGCCGAAGGAACUGGGAGGGAUUUCCAGUUCGGAUGAGAAUUGCGGAGAUUUCGAGAAGGUGAAAUUACAUAUCGAAGAGGAAGAUUUCUUGGCUGCGACAAACCAGGAAAAGAAGACGACUACAACUAACGUUAAGGAAGAGGAAUCAAGUCAGAAGGACACUAGCACUGGUCAGGCUACAACGAUCACUGACCGCAACUCAGACCACAACCCCACACCCAGUGUAGCUGCUGCCGGACAGCAAUUGACACUGGUCAAGCCAAACGUGCCCAAACAAGAAAUAGUAUCACAAGAGGAGGUGGACAAAAAAGCAAUCCAGAUAGAACCAAAAGAGAAGAUUGAAAAGACUGAAAAAACAUCUGCAGGGGUCAGGAGAAGAAGAGAGAGAACAAAAGCCGAGACCCCUAAAGAGGAAAAGAUGGAAAAAUCGGAAGAAGGAUGCCAGGAAAAUACUGAAAAAUCAGAAUCGGUAAUCGCAUCUCAGACACUUCAAAUGAAAUGCUCCGAGGUAACGGCAUCUCCUGAGGCGACGGUCACCGCCGCUGCUGCUGUUGCAACGAAACCUUUAGAAUCGACUGUUAGAAUAAAAGACUUGCCUCAGGUGCCUCUGCAGACCGACGAAAAUGUCAGCGUUGUCAACAUACCGGAAGCUGCUUGCCCAGAUGGUCAUUCGACGUCCGGCCUUCCAACAUGA